AUGAACGCAACCAAGCAACUCCUCCAGACCCGCCAGCCCAUGAUCAGGUUCUUGGGCAAGCGCACUGUUCCAUCUAAGGUCGACCAUACUCCUCAAGUCCACCCAGCUUCCCCGACCCAUUCGCUCCCCGAGUCCUUUGCAAGCUACAGGCAAAAGGCCCAGCAGCAUGGCCCCCUAAACCAGACCAACCAAUACUCCGCUGGUGGCUGGAUUGGCGGCAAAUCGGGUGCCUCUCUUGGUCCCGUGGAAGCUGGAAACGGCAUGCACUUCGACCGAUCGGAGCUUCCCCAGCGCUUCCAACGGCUAGCAUGGACGCAGGCCGAAAUCGAGGCCGUCGAGUCUGGGGGCGCAAGCCUUCAUACUUGA